GACAAAGAGAUACUCUUUCAUGACAGUUGUAUACGGUCUGCUACGCUACCUUGGGAUUCUUUGGGCAGCGACCAUUAUAGUUUACAGCCUAGAGAUACCACUUGGCAGUCGCGUGAGCUUGUGGCUAUGCACUGUUCUCGAAGUAUGCGAAUGCCUAGUUGUGUUUUCGCUCCAAGGAAUGAUUGCGCUUCGAGUGUAUUUGUUUUUUACAGGCAUCUGGAGGAAACGUGGUGUCACGUUGGCAGUGUUUGGGAGCGGUUUCCUUGUUCCACAAACCCUGAACAUACUCGCAAGCAUGAUGUACGUGGCCGCCAGUGCGGGACAGACCGAGGAUAACGUCAUCCUCGGGGUUGAAUAUUGUGGGGACGCGUUCACUCUAGAUGCUCUCUGGAAGACGACCGCUACGGUCAUGUUCCCUCUGGCCAAUUUCUCCCUGAUUGCAUUUGAGUUGGGCAUGUGUGUUUCUGCCAUGUACUACGCCUGGACGCGCCUUCGCAGUGUACUCGGUCCGGGUCGCCAAAGGCUUCGGAGUUCCAUCGUUUCAGUCCUCGUACGCGACAAUCUGUUUUACUUCUUGGCAAACGUCCUGUUAUUGUUCAUUCUUGUUCUCCAGCAAGUGCCCUCGAUUCAGGCGUCGAUUAUCUGGAACAACACCAGCGUCGUUUUGCAGUACCUGGUGUACGCCAUGCUGGGACCAUGGAUCAUACUCAAUUUGCGAAAGACGCAGGAGGAAUUGACCAAGUCCGAGACAACAUCCAUCCACGAUUGGCAGAUGACCACUGUGGACGCCAUAAGUGCUUCAUUUUGGCCCGAGCCGAUAGGCACAAUUGCGAAUUCUGGUGUACCAUAA